AUGGCUCUGACUAUUAUCUUGCUGAACAGUGCUUGCUUACGAGGCAGAUGCUGCAGGCACAAAGUGUUGCGCCCGUUACUUGGACCUCUCAUCAGCGAUUCCAUGUCUAAAUUGCAUAGCAGCUACAGGAGGCCAGGGUCACAGCCUGAGAAAAAACCAUCUUGGCAAAAUAUUGAUUUCAGUUUUAAGAAGGGCAUUGAUACCUUAAAGACUCAGCUAAGCAUGCUGAAGAAGGAGACUGAAGAUCAUUUAACAGGACCUGGAGGCCAACUGUUCAGUCAGUACCUGUUGGAACAGACAAGGGUGUUGUGGGAGUUCCGGAGCCAAGAAGAUUUAAAUAAAUGGGUUAUUUCCUCUGAUGUAGAGAUUGGAGGGAAAAGUGAAGUUUACCUCAAAUUGGGUAGGAAUAACCAGGCUGCUCUGCUCUAUGGAAUCCUCAACACAGAAGUACCUCGUGAUGGGGAGACAAAAUACAGUGGAUAUUGUAGCAUGAGAUCCAAACCACCAGUGGGAUCUUUUGCUAGGAAGAAGUAUUAUGACUGGUCAAACUUCAACAGCCUGUAUCUACGUGUCCGUGGCGACGGCAGACCUUGGAUGGUAAACAUUUAUACAGACCCUUACUUCUCUCAUCAAAAGGAUGACCUCUACAACUACUUCAUGUUCACCCGAGGAGGCCCUUACUGGGAGGAAAUAAAGAUUCCAUUUUCCAAAUUCUUUCUCUCCAGUCGGGGAAGAGUGCAGGAUGACCAGCAUCCUAUCUGGUUAGACAAGAUUAGUACCCUUGGAUUCACAAUUGGAGAUAAAGUAGAUGGUCCGUUCCAGCUGGAGAUUGAUUUUAUUGGCCUGCUAAACGAUAGAGCUCAUACAGAAGAAUUUGCCUAUGAAACAUAUGAAAAGAAUCCUCAAGUCUAAGUUGGGCUGGUGUCCUUUGGGACAUUCUUCAGAUGCUUGGUUCAUUUUUAUAAAACACUUCUUACUGUGUGGCUUAUAACAACUUGAAGAUUCUAUGUAAACAUUAAAGAGAUUAAGUGCAUGAGAUGUUGACUGCAGUAAUCUAACUAGAGUGAUGCUGUUGGCAUCUUUGAGCUGCCAAAUACAGAACCCUGGAGAGACUGUACAUACAUGGACUGGAACAGAGCCUGAGGAGAGUUGUGAUACAUUCUU